AUGGUGCCCAUAUACACUGUGGAAAAGCCGGGGUUUAUUAACAUGCUUAAAGUUGUCGACCCCAGGUAUGUGCUACCAAGCCGCAAAUAUUUUGCCGAAGUUGCCUUGCCUCGCCUGUACAACAGUACUCGUGAUAAGAUCGCUAGAGAGCUGGAGGGUGUGUCGUUUUACUCUGCCACAACGGACCUGUGGUCCAGUCGAACGAUGCAGCCCUAUAUGAGUUUGACUGUGCAUUAUAUUGACGACUGGACUCUGCGAAGCGUCUGCCUUCAAACAGCGUACUUUCCCGAUGACCAUACAGGUGAAAUAAUUGCGCAGGGGCUAAAAGAUGCUUUGACUUCAUGGAACCUUGAUGAAGAACGACUCAUCUGUAUGACAACAGACAGCGGCACCAACAUAUUAAAAGCUCUGAGAGACAAUGAGUGGCCCAACCUCCAGUGCUUUGGACAUAAACUGCACAACGCUAUAGAGAAUGGUGUGAAAGACCCACGAAUCGAUCGUGCCAUUGGGGUUUGUAAAAAGGCGGUUGCUGCCUUUUCCUAUAGUUGGAAAAAAAGAAGAGAGAUGGGUGAAGUACAGGCUGAGCUUGGUCUACCCAGUUAUCAGCUGGUAACGGAGUCCCAAACCAGAUGGGGUUGA